AGUCUUUGUUUUGAGGGAGGGGGCCGUGCCCAGUUCUUUAUCUCCUACCCGCUUUGUGGGCCGAACUCACUCCCCGCCCCCGGGCGCGCACAUCCCCGCCCUCCUGCGCUGCCAGCCGCGGGCCGCUGGGCCGGAGACCGCAGGGCUAGCGGAGCCCCCGGCGUCCUUCCCUACCUCUGAGGAGCAGCGCGGGCUGGGGGUGAGCCCGGCAGGGCUAGCCGGGUCACCGCGCGGGCCCUUGGGCUCGCGCCUGGCCGUAGCUCAGCUGCUGAACGCCUGCUGGUUGGUGGGCCCGCAGGGAGACGCCGCAUUCUCAGGCGAGGUCUAGGACUUAGCACUCAGGCCUGUGAGGCAGGAGAUACGAAGAUUUCCAGAGAAGGACCAGUUCCUCGGAUGUGCCCCCUCACAGAGAGAUGAAGGGGCAGCAGAAAACAGCAGAAACCGAAGAGGGGACGGUGCAGAUUCAGGAAGGUGCAGUGGCAACUGGGGAGGACCCCACCAGUGUGGCUAUAGCUAGCAUCCAGUCAGCUGCCACUUUCCCUGACCCCAACGUCAAGUACGUCUUCCGAACUGAAAAUGGGGGCCAGGUGAUGUACAGGGUGAUCCAGGUGUCUGAAGGGCAGCUGGAUGGCCAGACUGAGGGGACUGGUGCCAUCAGUGGCUACCCUGCCACUCAAUCCAUGACCCAGGCCGUGAUCCAGGGUGCGUUCACGAGUGAUGAUGCAGUUGACACAGAGGGGACAGCUGCUGAGACGCACUAUACUUACUUCCCCAGCACUGCAGUGGGAGAUGGGGCAGGGGGUACCACAUCGGGGAGUACAGCAGCUGUUGUUACUACCCAGGGCUCAGAGGCACUACUGGGGCAGGCGACCCCUCCUGGCACUGGUCAGUUCUUUGUGAUGAUGUCACCACAGGAAGUGUUGCAGGGAGGAAGCCAGCGCUCUAUUGCCCCCAGGACCCACCCUUAUUCCCCGAAGUCAGAAGCUCCCCGGACAACUCGGGAUGAGAAACGCAGGGCUCAGCAUAAUGAAGUGGAGCGCCGCCGCCGAGACAAGAUUAACAACUGGAUCGUACAGCUGUCCAAGAUCAUCCCAGACUGCUCCAUGGAGAGCACCAAGUCUGGCCAGAGUAAAGGUGGAAUUCUAUCCAAAGCCUGUGAUUAUAUCCAGGAACUUCGGCAGAGUAACCACCGGUUGUCUGAAGAACUGCAGGGGCUUGACCAACUACAGCUGGACAACGAUGUGCUUCGACAGCAGGUAGAAGAUCUUAAGAACAAGAAUCUGCUGCUACGAGCUCAGCUGCGGCACCACGGAGUAGAGGUUGUCAUCAAGAGUGACAGCAACUAACUCUGGGGACUUGGGCUCUAAGCUCUACAGCCCCUUUCCAAGAACUUCAGAUAGCCCAGGAGCCACAGGCUAAUAACCCCGUGCCCCUUUCCUUCACUGCCCACAUUUGGCAUGGGACUGGGGGGAGUUCAGAAGGCAUAUCUUUGAAUUAAGGCCCUGUGAUCUAGCAGCCUGCAGUGGUGUGAAACACACACAUGGGUGUGCACCGACAGUCUCGCCCAACCAGCCCUACCAUGCAGCCCCUGGGCCCUUGUGCUCCUCUUGCACAAUGCAUGUGCUGUCUCCAUGCUGGACACUGGACACUAAACUGGGGGGCUUGCCCCGUGCUUGCUUAAAGUGCCAGCAGAGGGUCUGCUGACAAGCAGUGUUCUGGCUUGCCCCAGGACUGGCGCUUCCCACUGGUUCUUCCUUUCCCUGGAUUUCGAAUGUGGUCCUCAGGACUCUGGGGAACAGGCUUUAGCAGGAAGUGGGGAUCAGAGGCUUAGCAGUGGCUGCUGCUCCAGGAAGAGGAGAUUGGCCAGCAAGCAGUUGAGGCCUAUGCAGGUUUCUGGCACCAGGGAGAACAGGAGGCAGGGCCCACUGGGGGCCUUACCCCAUUGUGGGGACGGUAUUUUUUUUUUUUUCUUUUCUUUUCUUUUUUUGUAAGAUAAAAUGUUCAGAGCCAUGACUGUCUCUGGGUCUUCCUCCCUUUGUGCGCUCCAGGCUGGGAGGGAGGGAACACACUGCUUUGACCAGUAAGGGUUGGGUCAAGUUGGGUGAGGUAUCGGAGCUCCUAUAGUUACGACAAUGAGUCCUAGUACUUGGGCCAGGCCAACGUGUCGUUGGCCGUCCACGCCCACAAUCGCGAGGGUUUCUCUAGCGAGCGCGUUAGGAGCACCGGGAGCAGGUGCCGCGGGAGCUGUGCGGGAGGCGGUGCCUUUGCUUCCGGUUCCGGUCGGUCUCAGCUCAGCUGCAGCUUCGGGAGGGCGGGGGAGAUGCUGCCGGCUCCCAGGGGGCGGGCUGGGGCCAAGUUCCUGAUUCUCACAUUUGCGGUGCGCACCAUGGCUGGAGAGCCUACGGUCUCGCUCCCUGAACUCCGUUCGCUUCUAGCCUCCGGCCGGGCUCGGCUCUUUGAUGUGAGAUCCCGGGAGGAGGCGGCGGCUGGAACCAUCCCUGGGGCUCUCAACAUCCCGGUGUCAGAGUUGGAAAGCGCCCUGCAGAUGGAGCCAGCUGCUUUCAAGGCUUUGUACUCCGCUGAGAAGCCGAAACUGGAAGAGAAUCUCAUCUUCUUCUGUCAGAUAGGCAAGCGGGGCUUGCAGGCCACGCAGUUGGCCCAGAGACUUGGAUACAAAGGGGCUCGGAACUAUGAAGGGGCCUAUAGAGAAUGGCUCCAGAAAGAAGGUUAGGUAGAAUGUGGCAUACUGGAUGCUCCCUCCCCGCUGACGGUGGCCGCCUUAACUAAGAGUGAUGAAGGGGCUGACUUGUUGGGUUGAGCAACUUCUUAUGGCGCUGUGCACGAAAAGCAGCAAAUAAAGAGCAUUUAAUCAAA